GAUUAUAUUCACCUCAGGGCUAAAAAAAAAACCUUUGACCUUUGGCCCACGUGAUUGCACCACUGACAAGAGAGGAGUUAUUACUAGAGGCAGUGGUUGACAAGUUAGCGAACCAUAUGAUAACGUGGAGAAAUAGGGUCACACACACGUACUGUAUAAAGAAAGAGAUGAUGUUGAUGAUAUCCAGUGUUAAUAUUAAUACUAGGUGUUGAUAGAUAUUACAUAGACAAGAUGGAUGACGGUGUUUAUGAUAAAUCUGUCAUCCCGACAGAUGUCCACCAUUUCAGUAACACCAAUAUUGGUCAGUUGUGUUUGACAAUAUGGACGCUCGGCAGCCAUCUUGCUUUGAUAGGCUUCAUUUUAUGUUGCAACAGGCUUCGUAAAAAUCCCAAGAAUAUCUUAAUCGUAAAUAUUUCGUUGACAAAUUUGAUGGUGGGACUUUUUAUCGUGCCCUUUUUGGUGCAUCUUCAAAUCAACGCUUAUCUCCCUUGUCCAUUACGAAUUGCGCUGAAGCUCUUCAACGAUUAUCUGCACGUGUUUGUAUUCCUUUUAACGGUACUGAGUCUGGUCAUUGAACGAAGUAUAUUUGUGAUAAAGGACGGAUCAUUCACUACCCCGGUAAGAUGGGGUUUGACCAUAAUUCUCUUCUUGGCACCCUGGAUUAUCGGAGUCAUCAUCAUUCUCCCGCUUUUCUACGUGGGGAUGGGAGAAGCCGACCCCGAGCGAGAAUGCGUCUACAUGGGUGAUAAGAACUAUUUCAUAGCGGCUCAAGUCAUGAGUUACAUAUUCCCUGGUUUGCUCAUCGUUCCUGUAGCCUUGUCGACGGGCGUGUACCAUGUUAGAAAGAACGAAUUGAAACCGCUGGAGAAAGUGUUGAUCCUGUUAAAGAGAGAAGCCGUUAUGGUCAUCUCUCUCGUCACCGUGUUCUCACUUAUCAUGGAAGUCCCUUCCUUCGUUGUGGGCAUGCUCAACGCCACUCUGUCCUGCACGGCACCUUUCUGUAUCGGUCUAAAAGGCGUUGAGAUUGCGCUUUGGGUUCGCAUUGUGAAGAUCUCCUUUUUUCCCUUCCUGUGGUUGGCGUACAGCGAUAUUAGAAGCUGUUUGCCUUGUGUUUGUUUUACUAAGUUGGACUAUAUUAUCGAUCACAACCGUGAAUUACGCGCGAUCGAGGCCACCUCUGAUGAUACAGAACCUUUGAAAUACAGCGACACGGCUCUGUCGGUUUGGGGAGCUGCGAGACGUGGUGAUGCACGAGGACGAGAUGAAGAAUAUGUGAUAUAAACAAAUAUAUAUUUAUAUAUAGAUAGAUAAAUAGUGUGUGUGUGCGUGCGCAUUGAUAAUGGCUUCUUCGACACUUCAUGCUAGUCUUAAGACAAUUUUAACUGUGUUUAUCGACAACGGAAAUGACGUACGUGACAGUGUGGACACCAAACCACCACUAAGUACAUCGUAGGCUAAUGGUUUCCAACCUUUUCCCACUCGCAGGACUCAAGGGACUUUUAAGAAAUCCACCAGGACUGAUUUGCAACUUUCGAAAUUUAAUACUUUAAAAGGUCUAACAUGCGCCGUCUUUAGCAAGCGCCAUUUUAACAGGCGCCAU